GCACCCGCGCGGGCUCGGCCCAGUGCAGGUCUGGCUCCUUCAUCACGUCCGCCUGCCGCUCCGCCAGGAGCGCCCGCUCCCCGCUACCGCAGCUCGCCGCCACCCCCCGCGGGCCGCCGCCCCGCCACGGGCACCACACUGGCGGUGCGCGGCCGUCUACCGCCCCUGGGGAGGCCUCGGCGCCGCGGCCGCUUCCCCGGGGCCCCCCGUGCGACGGGGGCGGCGCGCGGCCGACGACGGCCCCAAGCGAGGCGCCUGCGGGGUGGCCGCCGGUGCGCGAGGCGGAGGCGUGCGCCGCCCGCGCGCAGACCGCGCCUGGCGCGCCGCGCAGCCCCCGCGAGGGAGGCGGCAGCCCGCGCCGCGCGUGGUGGCGCGGCCUGCUGUCCUGCCACAGCGGCCCGGCGGAGGAUGGCGCCGCCGCGGCCGCCGUCCUCUCGCUGAAUUCCUUGCCCACAGCGGGCGCGUCGACGGCGUCGGCGGCGAGCGCGCGCUCCGCGUCGGACCACCUGGCGUGGGCCAAGCUCAUCAGGCGAUCGCAGGGGACCUGGUGGCAGCGCCGCCGCUCGCUCGCGGCCACCGCGCCCGCGGGCCCUGGAAUCCGCGCCGCGUCGGCGAGGUCGUGCGCGAAGCUGCGCGCCCCAGGGCCGUCGGGCUCGGACUGGACGGGCUCGCUGAGGGACGGGGAGUGGACCUCGACGAUGCGCGCCAGGGACGCGGAGGCCCAGGUGCGGCAGCAGCGCCGCCAGCGCCGCUCCAGCGUGGGGUACGCGAGCAGCGCCACGCAAAGACGUCGAGGGCGGCGCUGCAGAGGCUGCCCUUCCUCGAGCACCUGCGGGCGCCGAAGGCACGCCCGAGCGCCGGGGGCGCGCCGCGCGGGGCGCCGCCGCGGGCGCAGGCCGCCGAGGGGGGCGCGGGCGCCAAGCAGGCCGCGCGCCGCCCCCCGCCGCUCGCCGUGCUCGAGCGGGAGGGGGCGCCGAGCCCGGAGAAGCCGCGGGCGGCGAAGCAGGCGCACGCCUGGACGGCCUCGGUGACCCCUGCGGCCGGGGCCGCGGAGCCCGCCGCCUCGCCCCGCGGUUCGUGGCGCGGCAGCGUCGCGAGGGACAGGGCGUCGCCCAGGAACACCGCGGUGUACGCGGUCGCCCAGCCUGAGAGCCCUCGCAGCGCGCCCGUGCCCAGCGGCUUCAUCCCUCCGCAGGAUGGGCCGGCCAGCCCCGGCGGCAAGCAUAAGCCGACGUCGCGCCGGGCUUCGCUGGCGCUGGCGCCGCCGGACGCGGCCGAGGUCCUCAGCCCCAAGACGCUCGUGCGGACCCAGACCCGGCAGAGCUGGAUCUACAGCGGGUUCGCAAUUGGGGAGGAGGAGCGGGCCCAGGCGGCCCAGGCCGAGAUCGACGCUUCGGCGGCAGUCGUGGCAGAGGAACCGACGCUGGAGCAGGAGCCGCUGUUUGAGCGAUGGCGCGCCCUCUUCUCGCUGGAGCUCCUCGACGCCAUCGCCGAGGAGUUCGACGAGCUCCCGCUCCGCAGCGCCGGCAGGUUCGCUACCAGGCCGCAGCUGGAGCGGACCGUGGCCACCGUGCUGAACGUGACCAAGAAGACCGCGAAGGAGAUGCUGGACGCCCAGGCGCUCGACCUGAACGAACAGGGCAGGAUGGAGCUGCAGGGCUUCCCCUGUCUCCUGCAGAUCUUCGCCGACGGGGUGCAGUGGCUUCACCGCGAGAGGGCCGAGUGCCUCUGGAACGCCGCCGACCUGGAGCUCAUCCGUCAGGUGUACAUCUCGUACGUCAAGCGCGCGGGCAGGUCCCUGGCCGCAGGGGACGCCAUGCCCCUGUCCGCGAUCCAGAAGGCGCUCACCUCGCUGGAGGAGCGGGGCGUGGCCACUGGGUGGCUGGCGGAGCGGGCGGAGCUGCUGGAGCAAGUCGUGCGGAGCGUCACGAGCGCCAGCGUGUGCAAGACCCACACGGGCAGGAGCCUAGAGGACACCUUGACGCAAAGGGAGUUCCUGCAGAUCGUCUGCCUGGCCAUGCACGAGAAAGAGGUCGACGCCCGCCGGCGCGAGUUCCGCUCGGAGGAGAGUGCGCGGGAG